AUGACGUCACACGUCGUCUUUAAAGCACACUCAACAGAAUCUUGGAAGUCUUUACAAUCCAAUUAUCAACUAUCUACUUCAACAUCAAUACCACCUAUCGUCAAAACCCCACUAUCACCAAAAACCAACCCAAAACCGCCCACAAUGCCCCUGGAAACCAACACCAAAUCCAACCAAGACACCGGCGUAACCGGCGCCGCCAAAUUCGUCACGAGCACAGUAGGCAACACCGUCGGCGGGGUAGGCCGCACAGCAGGCAACGUAGUCGGAGCCGCGAGCCGUGGUCUCGGCGACACUAUCACUAGCGCCACGGGUUCCGCCGGAAAACCCGUGGGCGAUGCGCUGGGAUCCGUUGGGACGGGAGUGCAGAGCGGAGCGGAGGGCGUUUCGAAGGGUGUUGAGAAUGCGGGGCAGUGGAAGCGGUAG